AUGGCAAAGUCCUUCAAUGUCCAGGAAGGUGUUCGCAUGACGGCCACACUAAGGCCAGCAACUCUUGACGACGCCACAGCAAUUUCAGAACUCGCCACCCAUGUCUUCACGGUCACAUUCGGCCAUUCAGUCGAGCCGCAUGAGCUCCAAGCGUUCCUAGAGGAGUCGUACAGCCUCGAAGCCAUCACAAAAGAUCUCGACGACUCAAACAAAGACACAAUACUCGCAGUUGAUCCUACUGGAGACAUUCUGGGCUUCGCCAUGCUCACCCGGGGCUCGUCAGAGCCAUGUAUCUCACAUCUCGACGGUACUGUUGAGCUACAGAGAAUUUACAUGUAUCCGAAGGCGCAAGGCACAGGCGCUGCGAAGCUUUUGGCAGACAAGUUAGAAGAUAUGGCUAGGGAACAAGGGUUCAAGCAUAUUUGGUUGGGCGUCUGGGAAGAAAAUGUUCGGGCGCAAAAGGCGUACGGGAAAUGGGGGUAUCAGGAGUGUGGGACCCAUGACUUUGCCAUUGGGUCAGUAAUCCAAACUGAUAACAUUAUGGCAAAGAAGCUUUGA